ACACGUGACAGCUGUCCAUCGAAGAAGAACAAAACAUUUUCGAUUGUUGUUUCUUUGUUCUCUUUACCUCAACGCCCGCCAUAACCCUUUUCUUCUCUCUCUCUCUGAAAUUCCGCUACUAUUAACUUCUGAGUUGUUCAAAUCAGCUUCUUCAUCAAUGGUUCAACUAAUGAGAUCUGAUUCUGAUAAUAAUCACUGCUUUAAGAAAGUUAAAUUGGAGACACAACAAGAUGAUGUUCCAUCUCUUCAAAACAAACGACCCAAAUUUGAUUUCAACUUAGAUUCUCCUCCUAAGUGUGAUUCAAGUGAUGAUUCACUUCCAAUUUCACCAUCCUUAUACAACCCUUUGGAUGAGCCAAGUCCUCUUGGUUUGCGUCUAAAGAAGAGUCCUUCCCUUUUGGAUUUGAUUCAGAUGAGGCUUUCACAACAACAUGAUUCUAAAAAGAAAGAUCACAAGGCUUCUGCUGCUGCUACUGCUGAUUCUAAACUUAAGGCUUCAAAUUUUCCUGCCACUGUUUUGAAAAUUGGAACUUGGGAGUAUAAGUCUAGAUAUGAAGGAGAUUUGGUGGCAAAAUGUUACUUUGCAAAGCAUAAGCUGGUAUGGGAAGUUCUUGAUGGUUGUCUCAAGAAUAAGAUCGAAAUACCAUGGUCUGAUAUAAUGGCUAUCACGGCUAACUAUCCCGAGGAUGCACCAGGAACACUGGAAGUUAUCCUGGCAAGAAGACCCUUGUUUUAUAGGGAGAUCAAUCCACAACCAAGGAAACAUACUUUGUGGCAAGCAACAUCAGAUUUUACCGGUGGACAAGCCAGCAUACAUAGGCGACAUUUCAUGCAAUGCCCUCAAGGUUUGUUAGGGAGACAUUUUGAGAAGCUCAUACAGUGCGAUCCGCGUCUCAAUUUUCUGAGCCAACAGCCGGAAUUUGUGUUGGAUUCUCCGUAUUUUGAAACUGGAACCGGAGUUCAUGACCACAUUGAAUCUAGUGAUGGUUUUGAUAGAAAAAGUGAAGGGCAAGCUGGGAUUUUCGGAAUACAGGACGUCGAAUCAGGAUCUGCGGUUCAAUCUUCUUCCUCCAGAAGUGAACAUAAUUUUAUGGGUAAAGCUGUUGAAAACAUUUCCCAAGAAAUUACUUCUCCUAGUUCAGCAAUGAAUCCUCAUGCAAUCGAAGAUUUCAGGAAAGCCGAAACUUUGAAGUUUCUGAGCAAUUUGAAUCAAAUCAAAUUGCCCGGUCUUCGCCCUUCUAUGUCGAGGGACGAUUUAGUAAACCACAUCGGUCACUGCAUUUCAGAACAGAUGGGACCCGACAGCUCCAACUUUGCAGACCGAUCCAUGUUGGAGGAAUUCACACAGUACUUGUUCGCCGACUCUCAACUUAUGCAAGCUUCCGAUGAACCCUACGUCAUGUCAAGGGUUAACUCGUUAUACUGCCUUCUUCAGAAAGACCCUUCAACCACCGAAGACAAAACUGUUCACAAUACGGACGAUGAUAGAAAAGUUGACGCGAGUAAUAACUCUACUCGAUGCGAAACUAAAAUGGUUGAUUUGGAAAGCGAACAACGUGAUGAUGACGAUGACUCUGGUAAUCAGCAAGAAAUUGGCUUGUCUAGGAAGGAAUCAGCUGGAGAAUUGCUUAUGAAUCUUCCAAGGAUUGCUUCAAUGCCACAUUUUCUGUUUCCUAUGUCUGAAGAUUCUGGUAGACAAGUUAGAUAGUUAUGAUGUGAUAAAGGUUGAAACUUGAAAGAAUCACAACAACAAAAAACUCUUUUUAAGUAGCUUUUCUACAGUGUGAAUAUUUUUAUGUGCAUUCAGUUUCUUAAACUCAAAUGGGAUUUGGAAAUUGUUAUUGAUGAAGAAUCCCAACAACAAAAAUAUGUGCAUGGUGUGUUUGAGACAAAUUUGUUGGCAUCUCUUAAGGACAUGUUUACUUCUAUUGGUUACUGUUUUUCUUUUCA